GAUGGUUGCACCUCUACGUCUUUUGAUUUAACAAAGUAUAGUUUUAAUCCCAUUCAUUAAAGAAAAAUCCACUGCAAACAUGGAUCCGUGCGGUCCACAAUCGUUGGGCAGCAUACUUGAACCCGACGAGUUAAAUCUCGUGCCGGAGAACGUACAAAAUAAGUUGUCGGGGUACAUUGAAAAGUUUGCAGAUGAGUACUGUCAGAACCGUGCUGCGGCUAAUCGUUUAGCCGAAUCUGAGCAACAGCGGGAGGAGUUGCAGAACGCUGUCGAGGAUCAUAAGGUGAAGUUGACAAAUUUCGAGCAAAAUGUCAAUGAGCUGCGCACACAGCUGGACCAAGUGUCCGCAGAGCGUGAUCAUCUGCUGGAGACUGUCCGCAGCAACGAGCAGAUCGCGUCCUCAUUUAGGCAGGACAAGAACAGCAUAAUUGAAGAGCGCGACUCGCUCUUGACAUUGUUAGAACGUCAGAAUGCGGAGCUGGAGCGUCUGAAGGAGGAUCUGCACACCUACCGUCAGCAGCUGAGCAAUGCCAUCUCUGCCAAAUGUGAAGCCAUUGCGCGCGUAGACGAGGUACAAAGCAAGGAGGUGGCUCUACAAACGAAGGAGCAGCGUAUCGAGAGCGAGCGCCUCAUGUUGCAAAAUGAGAUUCGGUUGCUCAACAGCGAUCUUAACCGCAACAACAGCGAGCUGCAGAAUAUCCGCAGAGAGAACUCCAUAAACACAAUGCAGCUGGAGAGCAGUCUGAGGGAGAAGUGCGAUGCCCUUCAAAUUCUGCAGACCGAGCACGCCCAGGCCGUGGAGACCAUCGGCCAGUUGAACGACAAGAUAGCAGAACUGACCAACAACGCCUACAAGCAGUCGAUGGCCACGGAAAAGUAUGUUGCCACGCUAAAGAACGAACUCGAUGCCAAGAACAAGCUUUUUGAAAUUUACAAGAACACAGAGGCGCAGAAGGGGGUCGCCGAGAACGAGCUAUUAUCGGGGAUAGCAGAGAUGAAGCGAUUGCUGACCACAGUGACCGAGCAGCACGACAACCUGGAGACCGAACUAAAUGCCACAAAGGAGCAACACAGCUCGGAGCUGGCCGAACGCGAUGCUACGAUAGCGGACUUGAGACAGGAGCUCUGUGAGGCAAAUAACUUACUGACUCAAUCCAAGGAUCGAGGCCUGGAGGAGGCAAUCUUCAAGAUGUCGCCAAGUGCGGCGGUUGCCAGUCGGGUGAUCCAUCCCAAUUUCACAAUCACCGAACUGUACGCGAAAUAUGUCAAGGCCCUCGACGAAUUGGAGCUGGCGAAUCUCGAUAAUACCAAACUGAAGCUGCACGUCCGUUCCAUGGUCCAGGAGGUCGAAGAGCGUGCCCCCGAAAAUGAACAGAUGCGUAUUAAUUUCGAAAAUAUAAAAGAAGCAUACGACCAGAUCAUCCCGGAGCGGAAUGCACUAUACGAGAAGAAACAGUGCCUGGAGGAAGCGCUGGAGAGGGCGACCUUUGACGUGAAGUCCAUUACUAAGAAAAACGAUAUGCUAGAGAGAUCCACGAAGGACCUCGGCCGACAGGUGUGCUCGCUGCUGGACGAGCUGAAUUGCCUGCGUGCAGGAGUACCCCACGUAAACCAUAGCAGGUCGGGCGAUGCACACAACGUCGACAGUGUCAUUACCGACCGGCUAGUCACCUUUGGCUCGAUAGCCGAAUUACAGGAACAGAAUGAGAAACUAUUAAAAUUGACGCGUGAGCUGGCUCAGACAAUGGAUGAUCAGGAAAAGGAAUUCAAUGCGAAUAUGCUGCAAAUGGACAAGGAGCGUGCCAAGAGGGCCCAGGAGAGGUGCUCCCUGCUGGAGGAGCAGCUCGCGGAGAAAAACAAUGCCCUCAAUCUGCUGAACUCCAAGUGUGAGCGCUACCAGAAGCACUUCUUUGCUGCCCAAAAGCGACUGGGUCGUCCGCUCACCAAUCUGGAUGAGUCGGCCACGGAUAUGGAUGUUAGUGAAUCCGCUGCUCUAGACACAUCGGCCAAGGCUGCAGAGCAUACCAGAGAGGAGGUCAGCCAGCUGGAGAAGCGCAUAUACAGUCUGGAGAAGCAGUUGGUGGAGGAGAGCAAUAAAUACGCCUCGCUCAAGGAGAACUACGAGUACUACACCAACGAGAAGCGGAAGAACGACGCUCUGGCCCAGGAACAGUUCGAUUCGAUGCGCAAGGAAGUACGCGAGCUGACGUCCGCCAACUGCAAGCUGCUGAAUGCCACCGAUUUCCAGAAGGAGCAGAUCGAAAUGCUGCACAGGAACGUUGAGGCGUGCAAGAAGCAGAUCGCGGCUUUGGAAGAUCGCAACAGGAACUACGAGAAGACGAUCAUCAAGCACGAGCAGACGAUGCACCUGCUCAAGGAUGAAACGAUGGCAGCCCACAAAAAGUCGGCUGCCGCCGAAGCGGAGGCCUACAAUCUGCGGCAGGAGAACCGCACCUUGAAGGACACGGCCACCCGUCUGCAGAUCGAGAAGGAGAGCGCCCAUCGGGAUCAGCAUAACCAGUCGCUUUUGCUCAACAAUUUGGAGUUUAUCAAGUCCAACCUCGAGCGAUCCGAGACUGAGGGCCGCCUGCGCCUCGAACAGCGGCUGGAUGAUGCAGCUCGAGAGCUGGCCGCCCAGCGACGUCACCAGCAGGAGGAGCAGGAAAAGUUCCAGGAAACGGUCAAUGAGCUCAAGCGACAAACCGAGACGGCCAUCAAGCUGAAGGAAGAAGAGAAGAAGCUGGCCGAGAAGUGGCAAGCGGAGCUCGUAAAUGUCCGCGAAGAGCUCGCCCAAAAGGUGAUGCAGGUAAACGAUCUGAGCAAGAAGCUGCAGGAGAGCCUUACGCCCUCGAUGAACGAGAAUCCGGUGACGGCAGCCAACAAGAGGGCCCGCGAAUUCGAGCUCAAGUACAACCAGGCCGCGGUGGAGGUUGAAUCGCUCAAGAGGGAACUGGCCUCGUUGCGUUCGCAUGGCGAGCAGUUCUACAAGAUGUCACAGACUGCCGAGGCGGAGGUCAAGCGCCUGCACGAGCUGCACUCGGAGAUGGUGGCCAGUCACGAGGAUGAGAUGAAGAAAUUGAAGAGCGCCGAGACGGAGCUGAGGGCACGCAUCGACGAGCUGGAGGCCGAGGCCAUGCUCUCCAAUGUGACCGAUCAGACCAAGACCAUUAACCAGACGGAUCAGGUCAAGGUGGCCCAGGAUGAGCUGAAGACGGUGCUCGAGAAGCUCACCGAAUCGGGUCGCACAAUCCGCACCCUGCGAACUGAGAACACGACGCUGGCCGAGUCGCUGCACGAGGUGGAAGUGAAGUAUGCCAACGAAAUGGUCCUGCACUCGGCCGACAUCCAAGACCUGACCAAGCUGAAGACUGACAACUACAAGUUGAGGGACGAGCUGAACCAGCUGAAGACGGGACGGGAAUCGCUGCAGGCCGCUCACGACGCGCUGCUCAAGUCGAACGCCGAGGCCCAAAGCCUGCUGGAGAAGGAGAAGGAGGAGUCGGACAGACGGGUGGCCGACUUGAAUGCUCUGAAUUCCACUUUGCACGAUCAGAUUGAAGCACUGGCCACAAAGCUGACGGCCUUGAGUCAGCCGGGUUCGGGUCAAGGCCAGAACAGCUCCAUGCUGAACGAAUCUCUGGCUCUGGAUGGCGACCAAAGUCUCAACAUUUCGGGCCUGGCUAUAGAGGAGGUUCGCAGCAACGAGCAGCUCCUGAAGAUCAUCAAGUUCCUGCGGCAGGAGAAGGACCUGUGUGUGGCUAAGCUGGACAUUGUGAAGGCCGAGAAUGCUCGUCUGGCGUCGGAGCUCACCAUUCAGCAGAAGAAGGUGGACGAGCUGAAUGGCUGCCUAAACCAGGAGCGUUCCAGGAACCAGACCGACGUCAUUUCGACCUCCAAGCACGCGGAGGUGCUGCGGAAGAUCGAGACCCUCAACGCCAUCACAGAUAGCAAUCGCAUUCUGCGGGAGGAGCGCAACAGUCUCACACAGCGCCUGUCAGAGCUAACUAGCCGCAUCCAGAGCUUGGAGAAGGAACUGUUCCCGCUUCAGUGCAGCAACAAGGAGCUAACAUCGAAGAUCGAAGAGCUGAAUUUGGAGAACACCUCGCUGCGCACGGAGGCCGUCAAAUGGCGGCAGCGCGCCAAUGUUCUGGUGGAGAAGAGCAAUCGCAAUCCGGAGGAGUUCAAGCGCAUCCAGACGGAGCGCGAGAAUCUGGCCAAGCAGCUCACGGCCGAAAGGGAGCUAAGUAAGAAGUUAGGCGAAGAGAUUGGCUCCAUGAGGUCGGAGCUGCCAGCGCUGACGGGAAAAGUGCAAGCCCUGGACGAUGCCCGCAAGAAGCAGAUGGAGGAGUCCAUAACUCUGCGGCAGACAAACUCACGUCAGACGCAGGACAUCAUGGAGCUGAAGAACCGACUGUUGCAGAAGGAAGAGGAGCUGCUGAAGGCCAACGAGGAGCUGGAGUCGAAGGAGAAGGCCCUGCAGGACAAGGACACCAAGGAGUUGGCCUUGCGCAAGGUGGCCAAGCGCUACAGGGAGGGCUACAUAAGUCUCCAGGCGCAACAGGGUGGCGCCGACAUGAAUGCCGACCUGGAGAAGGUCCGCUCCGAGCUGGAGAAGGUGACCAGUGAAAACGAUGCUCUGAAGAAACGCCAGGCUGAGCCCGAGACUGAUUCCAAUGCUCUCCUUCAGGAGCACAAGGCGAAGGUGGACAAGCUCAUCCAGGAACUUACGGUGGCCAGAACGGAUCUGGUCAAUCAGGAGGCCACCCUGGCCAGCAACAAAACCCAAUACGACGAGACCGUCGCCCGUCUGGAGAAGGAGCUGCAGGAGAAUAUUGCCGCAAACAAGGAGGUCAACUUGCGGCUCACCCGGGAGAACGAGUCGCUGCACAUACGCAUCAAUCAACUCACCCGCCAACUGGGCUCCCAGCAGUCGACCAAGCCCUCAACGAGCUCCGUCGCCGAAAAGGGAAACAUAUCAGAGUCCUCAUCGCCACGCACUGCCAAUGUGAAGCCCAUGUCGGGUUCGGCCACUGUGCAGCAGUCGGCCACUGUCACCCCCUGGCGUGGCGGGGAGACGCCACUGGCCAGCAUCAGACCCAUUUCGGUGCAGAACAGCCGGACGGCUGCCAUCUUGCCCACCAGCCAGCAGCCGUCGGCGGGCAGUGCUUCCACAUCCUCGUCGUCGACCUCCACCACAUCCGCAUCGGCCAGUGGCAGCAGCUCGGCGGUGGCCAACACUGCCUUGGUUCCCCCGCAGCAGCAAGUUCACACCACAGGCAGUGGAGCCUUGGAGUCGAUGGCCUCCUCCUCGCCCACAUCUUCCCACACAGAUUACAUGCCGUCGACCAGCUCCGCGGCCGUAGCGGUGGCCGCCAUUCCACCGAUGGGAGCCACCUCCGCCGCCGAGAGUUCCCAGGAGGCGGAGAGCGUUCAGCAUCCGCAGCAGAACGAUUCGCAGCUAUUUGCAGGAGGUUCCCAGCAGCAGGUCGUGGCUUUAGUGUCGCCACGCGUAGAGGGCUCUUCGUCGACCUCUACCUCCACAUCGACAUCGACCUCCACACCGAAUCCGACUGCGCCCAGUGUUCAGGAUGCGAACAACCAGAGCCAGCAGCCGAGCACAUCGGGCAGCAGCAGCAGCUCCUCGACGGUAGUCAGCAGUCACAGCAGACACACGCCGUCCAGCAGCAAUGUGACCACCACUCAGGCCGGCUGCUCCUCCGUUGGCAUCAAACGUCCCCGCGACGUGGAAGGAGACUCUACCAAUACCGAGGAUGGUGUGCCCGAGAAGAUGAAGCGGCUGCGUGCUCCUAUGCACAGUGAAGAGCUGUCCGCCACUCACAUUGGCGAUUCCGGCAUGGACGUAGAUCAGAUGCCCACCUCGUCCCAGCGAGAUCAGGAGGAUGAAAUUCAGGUGGUGGACUCUGACGAUGAGGACGAUGUCUUGGCGGAUGCCGAUGACGGGCCCGUCGACGGUGGCGAGGCCGAUCAGGAGGGCUACGAGGAUUCUUACGAGCAGGACAACGACAUGGACAACGAUGGUGCGGACGAUGAGAACGAGAUGGCGUCCGAUGCUCAAGACAACAACGAGGUGGAUAUUGAGGAGCAGCAGCUUCAGGUCCAAGAGGAGAGCCAAUUGCUGGACAACCAAGCAGGUGCCGCAGUGGUGGCUGCCUCUGCCUCCACGCAGGAGAACAACCAGAGCCAGGCCAUCACCAGUGGCAGCGGAGAGUCUUCGAAUCCGGCAAAAUUGCCACUGGCCGAGACCUCCCCAUGGAAGCAGGCGGUCGCCUCUACAUCAUCGGCAGCAUCACGGCGAUCGGAGAGCAGCUCCGUGGAGAUUGUCAGCUCCCCGCAAGUGUCCAACUUUAGUGAGCAGCCAGCGCGUGUGGAGACGGCGGAGGUAGAUGGCACCGCAGCAGUGGCUCCCGACGAGAGUGCUGGACCAAGUGGCGACGGGGCCGCAGCCACAUUACCCCAGAUGCCGAACGAGGCAUCCGAAACCAGCGCAGCCGAUGCCAAUAAACUGCCAACCGAAAGUGAUUUGGGCGGAGCAGAAGAUAUCUGCGAGGCUGACGAGGCGUUUGCCGAGGAGACGCUGGACCCUGGCCAGGGUGAAGACUCACAGCAGCUCGGAAAUGAGAACCAAAAUGUGGGCACAAGUCAGUCUGAGCUGUCGGAUAACCAGCCCAAUCAAGCGGAAGGCGGCUCGGCUGAGGCCAACGAGGGCACAGAUGGUGUCUCCUCAGAGGGUGAGAAGCAGACAGUGGGUGUUGAGGAGGAAGGACGCGAGGCAGAGGCCACUUCCCCGUCGGACAACACGCGCUAUCGCACCCUACGCAGUGGCCUGCCCAACAACCGCAGGAUUCGCGGAGCGCGUGGAAAUCAAAAUUCGAACCAGAAUCGGUCACGCAUUGUGUGGCAGAGGUCUGAUGGGCCAAACAAUCCCAACAUGCAAGAUCAGGGUUCCUCCAGUAAUCGUGGAUACAACCAUCCACGCGGUGCACGUACGCGCGGUCCACGCAUUCGACGCCCGGCAGUAAACAACUUCAACAACAACAACAACGCCGGACGGUACUAGCAGGAAGCGGAUUCCGGCGAAUCCACAGACGCGAGUCGGCCGUAAUUAUUGCGUACAUCUUCGGGUGUGGCAUUAAGACGCGUCGCAUAUAAGCACGAUUGACUAUUAGAAAUUGGGCUGGCAGCGAACGUCGAUUCCCGCACAGUACAUUCAUUUACAUUUAGAAACUACAGUUAAAGAAAUUAAAAUAAAGCCAAUUAAAUUGAAA